UACUCUCACGGUCUACUUUAUCUCACGGCUGUUUCUUUAAACUCCACACGCAGAGUGCUGAAGAGAAUACUUCCUGAGUAGUCUGUUGUCAAUGUUUUGGAAGGUGUCACAGAGUUGUUGUUAAAUGAUUAAAAUAUUUGCAUUCAGUUUUGUUUGAUUCAGUGUUGCCAUAAUAACAUCAGCAUCAUCUGUGAGAAGGGAUUAUUUUUGCUGUCCGGGCGCAGAGCCCUGAAGAUUUAAGAAUUAGCCCUGGCUUUAGAAAUGAAACAGGAGUACCAGGAUCUCAUUUUGCAGGCGUGCGGUGCUUCAUCUCUGCGAGUUGGUGCUAAGAUCCAGACCCUGUGGAGCGGUUACGGGGAGAUAGUCCGGGUCCACCUGGAAGGAGGUCGGCCGUCUGUGGUCGUCAAACAUGUUAAGCUUCCAGAGGAGGCCGAGCACCCCGGCGGCUGGAACACAGACCGCUCCCACAGACGGAAAGUGAGAUCCUACCAGGUGGAGACACACUGGUAUCAGAACUAUUCCACCAAUCAGAGCUGUCGCAUCCCUGCCUGCCUGGCCGCCUGUUCCCAUGGAGACGAGAUGCUGAUCGUGCUGGAGGAUCUCGAUGUUGUGGGUUAUGGUCAGAGAAGGACCAGUGUGAAGGACAGAGAAAUAAGGGCUUGCCUGAGCUGGCUUGCCCACUUUCAUGCUCUCUUCCUGGGUGUGACCCCAGAGGGCCUCUGGCCUGUUGGCACCUACUGGCACCUGGACACCCGACCAGAUGAGUUGGAGGCCAUGGACGAUGCUGAGCUCAAAGCAGCAGCCGGCGACAUUGACAAGAUACUCAACGAAUGCCGCUUCAAGACGAUUGUUCACGGAGAUGCAAAGUUAGCCAAUUUCUGUUUUUCUCAGAGUGGACAGGAUGUGGCUGCUGUGGACUUUCAAUACGUGGGUGGGGGCUGUGGGAUGAAAGAUGUGGUGUAUUGUAUAGGAAGUUGUAUGGAGGAGAGGGAGUGUGAAAAGAGAGUACCAGGACUACUGGAGUACUAUUUCACAGAGCUCAAGCUAUCUGUGAAAGAAGAUGUGGACGUUGAUGCCCUGGAGAAAGAGUGGAGGGAGAUGUUUGCUUUUGCAUGGACAGAUUUUCAUCGUUUUCUGCUAGGAUGGAUGCCGGGACACUGGAAGAUAAACAGAUACAGUAAACAGUUGACCAAGGAGGUUUUGUGCAAACUGAAGCACUAAUCAGAGUCUUGAGCUAACACAAUAACCAUAACAAUAGAAAAACACAACUGAUGAUAUUUGAACUUGGAUAUAGAUAAAAAAAUAAAAAAAUCUCAAGUCCA